AUGGGGGAGCAUUCAGUCAGUCCUCCAAUCAGGAUUAUCGUCGAGUUUUCUGAGGAAUGCCGCGUGAACCCCCUGAUGCAGAGACUGUGGAUUUUGCUGCCGCGCCACCUGAAGACGGUCUCAGAUCUCGCCGGUUACUUGGAGGAGAAAUGUGUUCGGCUUGAUUAUGGCGCAUCUGCAGGGAUUUCGCUGGAGAUUGGUGGAGUUCCUGUACCCCUGCAUGAAGACAUCGCCAUUAUACGUGAUGCUGACACAGUCAGGGUAAGGGUUCAUCACCUCAAACCAGAGCUCCCUGCCAUUGAGGGUCUGGCAGAGAUGCUUGCAAUCGAGGGUCCCCACAGUCUCGAAGCGCAUAGCUUGAAGGAAAAUCGGGAAAGAAAGAAGAUGGAACACGGAGGGAAGGGAAAAGAGGAUCGGAAUGUUCUAGUAGCAGGGUCAGACAAAGAAAAGAAAAGGCAGCGAGAGAAUGGUGAUGCGGAAGAGGGGCCUGGAGAGGCUUCACAGAACUUUCUGAUUCAAUAUAAGGAGAAGAAGGUUAAGGCCGCGAAGAUCCAAAAGGAACCUUGUCUUCGGACGGGAGAGUUCGUGAAGGGAGGAGUCUCGGUCGAUAGUAAGUUGUCAAAUGGAGUCGAAGAUUCUAGAAGAAGGCACGAGGAACUUCACGGGGAGGGCGGUUUGGAGGUUAACCAAGGGGAUGCAGGGAGCCUUCCCACGAAAUUGGAGACUGGCAGGAAAAGGAAGAAAAGGUCCAAAAAGGAAGGGGAUCGGGAAGAAGGGGCUCGGAUUGAUAAUUUUCCGAUGGAGCAGAGUGGCGAACGAAAGAAGGAGAAGCAACGGCGGAAGGGCGAAGACGAGGCCGCUCUGGAACGGGAGCAAAGCGAGGCGCCUUUGCAACUAGAGUGGGUCCCAGAAGCUGCGACUCUCGGGAAGGGUUCCGCAGAGGGUUCCGGCCCGAGUUUGGUAGGUUUGCCAAACGGGAAGCUGACAGGAAAAGCACUUCAGAGGGGGAAGAAAAAAACUUUGAAAGAAGCGGAGGAAGGAAAUGAAGAGGGCCCGCUGCCAAGUGUGCGCCAGCCUCCGGAAGGGAAGACAGCGGAGCCGAGCGUUUCGAAGAAGGUGGUUCCGCGGGAAGAGACGGACGCAGAGGAAGACGAGUCGAGUUCUGAAUCUGAGUCAGGGGGCGAGGCUCCCCCGAAAGAAAAGAAGACACCUAGCCGCAGCGCCCGGCGGAAAGCGGCCAAGCGCCGGUAUGCUCGGUUGGCAAGAGAGGCCGCCGCUGCAGGGGAUGUUGAGGCAGUGACGUCAGGCCCGGGCGAUACUCGUGCAAGGCACAACGUCUCGUCCGUCUCGCUGGCUGUGGAGGCAGACCGAUCGGCCGCGAUGGGGGCGAUCCCGGCAAGAAGGCCGGCUGCAAGCCAACACGUUGUGUUCGGCGAUUCUGACAAUGAGGAAGGAGCUCCGAGAACCCGAGCUGCCAAUCGACCACCGAUCGUUCUCAACGUCGGCUUCGGCGCGUCCGGCCAGCCCCUCUCCAAAGAGCGCGGUAAGGAGUGGGGCUUGCAGAAGGGGAGGAAAAGGGACCGGUACAAGGACGACACGUGGCAGCAAACGACGGGCUGGGCGGAGGUUCCCCCUCCGGAGCCGGCCGCUGCGGAGAUCACUGAGAAGAUUGAGAGGGGAGCGGAAGAGUUUCGGCGGACGAGGACCGCGGAAGAGUACGAAAAGCUGCCGGACCUGGGUCGAGCGCCGCAGGUUGCCGACGUACUGGCGUACCGGUUGGUCGAGCUGACGUCAUCCUGGACCCCGCAGAUAUCGGAAUACAGGGAGGGCCGCGUGACGGCCUUCGACGCCGCCUCCGGAACAGUCGCCCUCGCGUGGUGGCCGGCUGAGGAUCUGGUCGGCAGAAAGGAGGCGGUGGCGCAACUAGACGAGAAUUUUGAGGAGACGCUCCCAGCAGAGCCGGCGUUCGCGCCUCCGUACGAUGAGGAUGGCAAUCUGGAGAUCAACCUGGGUUCUUUAAUGGGCGUCAAGCUCGUGCAAGCUUCCGAGGUCACGCUGGCGCAGCUCCCUGGAGCACCGCCUGUUCCGGCGUUUACCCCAGUGCAUAUCACCGGCGAAGGGUCGCCGUCCAGCGUUCUGGCCAUGGGAGAAGCUGACCACCACACUACGGCCGAGAAGGGGGGCAAAAAUGGCGGAAUGACGAUGGGGGCGGACGGAAACGACGGAUCGGGAAUAGGUGGCCGUGGGAACAACGGAUCGGUAAAGAAGGGAUUCGAGAAUGGGGGCCAGACUCAGGGGAGCGGCGGAAACGGUCGCCUCCGGGCGGUAAAGGAGCCUCUCAAGGUGGGGGCAGGGAUGACGGUGAACGAGUCUGAGGGUAAAAAUGACGAGGGGGUUAGCCCACGUCCGAGUGCUUCAAGCGGGCUCGAUGCAAUGCCGCAGACAGGGGCCAAAGGACAGAAAGUGAACGGUUGCCUGGCAGAUGGGGACCGGAAAGGGGAGAGGCAGGAACAGAAGCAGGCGCAAAACGACGGGCUAGAGGCAGAAAAGUUGGAUCAUGCCCCUGCUGACGUCAGCCGAGCGUCAGCACCUGCCGAGCCGAUUCCGACGGGCGUUCUCACCGGGCGGCCUGCAAACGGAGCAAAGGAGGAGGCGGGGAAGGUCACCGGGCAUAUGGAGAUCUCCUCGAGCAAGGCUUUUCGCGCUAGAUGGGACGCUUCGAAUUGGGAGGGGACAGGAAGUGAUGAGACGCUCUUGAGAUCUGAGAAAGAGAGCGCGAUCGUGUCUGGGGGCGGGGACGGCCAAUCCGGGGACGGCGUAGUCGGGGUGAUAGACGGGCCGGAGAAAGUGGCAGCAACGGACGGGAUUGGGGUUUUAGGCGGGCCAAAAAAUGUAGCUUUGGCUGGUGGGUCCAAGGGUCUAGCCGGGGCGAAGAAUGUUUCGACUAUCGGAGGUGAGCCGCAAGCGCUGCCAGCGGCCGGCGGUUUAAAGGUUGCGGGCGGGCCGAAGGGUUUGGGGCCGACGCCGCCCGCGUGGCAGGCGUGGGAGAGCGUGGCGCAGUUGCUGGCGAGAAGACGGGCGGAGAUUGCGGAGCAGGCAAGAAAGCAAGAGGAGGAACGGAAACGAGAGGAGGCGAGAAGACAAGAGGAGGAGCGGCAACGAAAGGAGGGGCAAAAGGGAGAGGAUACGGGAAAAGCAGGGGACACGGGUGAUCGAGACGAGGUGCCAAAAGAAGGAGCGGAGAAUGAAGAGGAAGGACGCGGGGGGGAACUAGAUGGGGAUGGGGAAGAAGAGAGGAAGCGAGGGGGAGAGAUCGGCGAAGGGGCGCGUAUGGAAGGAGACGCAGCGAGGAUGGAAUGUGAAGCGGCGGGAUGGGAGGAAAGGAACGGAAGGAAAGAGAAGAAAGAAGAAGAAGAGAGCGAGAAGCCAAGAAACAGGAAGGAGAAAAGGAAGAGGGAGGAGAAGGAAGCCUUGACGAGCGGGACACAUGAACGGGGCAAGUCUGCGAACAGUUUCGGUGGAGCGGACUUGGAGCAAGGGCCGGACGAAGCCGCACGUUCUGGGUUCCGCUGCGAACCGACUGGAAACUUAUCGGAUGGAACGGCCGACCGGAACGAUCCAGAAGUUGUGGAUAACGGCUUUGGUCCUGGUGCAAAGGCGAAAGACUUGACGUCAGGCUUGCUUUCGUCAGCGGCGCUCGACGUCGCAAGAAAGAAAGCUGUCGAAAGCGGGGUCUCUCCGGACAGACAUGACUCGACGAGUGGGAUUGGAGGGGAUAAGGCGAAGUUGGGGAAAGGACUGGGCGCCAACGGAGUCGGACCGCGGGGGGUGACCAAGCCACGUGCCCCGCGACUGGGGGCGCUGGGCCCCACGCUCGCGUAUCUCAGGUCGCAAACAAAUGAGCUGCACUAACCUGGGCAUGAUGUCAACCAACGUUGAAUUCGAUUUCACUGUUUGCAGUGUCUAGCGGCCCAAGCUGGCUUUCUAGUAGCCUUUGGAUGGAGCAAUGGGCGCGGAGUGGAUUCACGCUUAGAUGCUCCAAUGCAAUCCUUGUAAACGUGAAGGCAGCCUGGGGCGACGCCUGAAAUCUGAAGCAGAACAUUCGAAUUUCCGCGAACCUGUGCACCCUACUCAGAUUGACUUUAUUGGCAUGGUGCAAAAAGAACUCGGGUGUAAUUCUUCGGAAAUUACCCCCGUAUGCCUUCAGCGA